AUGAUGGAUUUCCCUAGUCGCUUUUUUAUGAAGAAGUUUCCCACAUGCACACCAGAUCUUCGAAUUGUUGCAGAAGGGGAUGAACCACGUGUGAUUUACGCUAAAAAACUCAACUUUUCCACCUGCAGAAGCUUCUUGGGGGUGAAUCAUGAAGUGGGUUCUAGAUUCUCAUGGUCUCGUAUUCAUCAAUCAGAUCUUCCACCAGAUGCUUCAUCCAUGAAGUUAUCACGAAGAGUGGAAUGCAAUUCCAAGCUAGUUGUUGCUCUUUCAGUCAAUGAUGAGUGCUUUGUUCCUGUUCUUGACAAGAGAAGUGGAAUCAACUUAAUUCAUAAUGUACUCUCAUCGCUUGAUAUUGAGAAAUUGAUCAUUCAUGCCAUUGCUGAACACAUGCAUACAUGGAUAGAUGUUUUUGGUUUCAAGCCUCUUGAGGAAACACAUAGACAAGAAAUGAGGUCCAUCAACAUGUUGGUGUUUCCUGCAACAGAUAUGUUGCAGAAACCACUAAUUCUAGAGAAAGGUUCAUCAUUACAUAAGAUAAGAAUGGAAUUGGAAUUGGAAAGCAACAUUCUGAAGCCUAACAAAUCUGAAUCAAGUUCUCCCGAUGUUAAAGAGUCGAGACAAAGAAUUUCUCCAUCGGAUUCCGGUUCUCAAGAUGCUAGCGAUGCGACUCUUUCCAUCAGUUAUGUUAAAGUUGACAUCCUGUUUCUGGUUCCGGAAAGAAAAGCAAAUAAAAGGUGUGUAUGGGGUGGUAAUGAGACUACAAAUGGAAUUGCUGAUGCCGAUUCCAAGGGAGAAGGAUUUGCUCCACAAAAUGGGAAUGUGACGCCUUCCACCAAAACAGGCGGUGCCUAUUCCAUUCCAGCUUCUCGGGGAAGUGCUGGUGUAGGCUUUGAUGUCGUGCAAUAUGGAUUAGCAUCUACUCCAACAAUGUUCAAUAAUAGUACACUCACAACAAAUGAAGACUUUCUAUGUCCAGUUGAUGGAGUUAUCAUGAUAACUUCAAGCCAUCUUCCUUAUAAUAGAAAUGCUUUUAAAUUCUUUACUAAUGAAGGAGGCCUUGGAAAACCUGACAUUAAAGACAUUCUGAAGCGUGCUGCAAACAUAUACAAUGGAUUUACACCAAAAUCUCUAGAAGAGGCAGAAAGAAAAGUUUCAUCUUCCAUCACUAAAGUUUCAUCUUCCGUCACCAAAAUCUCUAGAAGAGGCAGAAAGAAAAGUUUCAUCUUCCAUCACUAUUUGUUUUCCAGGGAAAUUUGUUUUUCGAGGAAGAUUUCAGUGUUACAAGCAAGAUUCGGCCAGGGCUUUAGAUUCAGGCGCAAGCUCCAACAGCAUACAUCUUCUUUGCCUCCACCCUUCCAGUCAUUGCCUUCGGGGUUACUCAAGGAAAAUGCAAAUGGUAGUAAAUACUGGGCAUAUGGAGGUGACUUUGGAGAUACACCAAAUGACUUAAAUUUCUGCUUAAAUGGUCUCAUAUGGCCUGAUCGGACUCCUCAUCCUGCUCUAAAUGAGGUCAAGUAUUGCUAUCAUCUCACAUUUGAGUUUAUAGGAAUCAACAAUCACUAUGAAACUUCUAGUGUUUAG